AUGGCGACAAUUUUUGAUGAAAUUAAAAAGGAUAAAUAUAUAGACAUUAUACUGAAAGAACAUGAAAAUGCAAAAGAAGAGUUAAAGCAGAGAGAAGCAGGAGAAGACGAGACUAGAGUAAAAAGAAAGAGAGUUGAAGGAGAGCAAAGUUCAGUGGGAGAAGCAGAAUUGUUAAUAUCACAUACUCCUUAUGAAUUUCAUGAUACAAGAAAAUCUCCAAUAAAUGAUCCAACUGCAAAGAUAGAUUUUAUAAUUACUGAAUUAGUAGUAGUUAUUGAAGGUAAGGGUAAUAUAAAUAAUACAACAAGUCAUAAAGAAGCAAUUGGUCAAGUUUGUGAUAGGCAUAUGGAAAUUUUGAAACAGCAACGUCUGAGAAAAUUUAUCUUUGACAUUGUAUUGGAUUGUAGACAAAUGAAAAUCAUCAAGACAAUUCAUCAUACCACUCCAUCCUUUCUAUAUUACCAAACUGGACUUUUAUCAUUAUUUACUAAUGCAGGAACACAGGCUGAAAAAGGGUAUGCACUUUGGUCAGAUUGUUAA